UUUAUUAUAAAAUAUUAAUAUUUAAACUAGGCAAACAACAGAAGAAGUUAAAAUACUUUUAGGACAUCCCGGCAAUAAUCUUAAAACUGGUAUUGUUGGAUUAGCUAAUGUCGUCAUAACCAAAUCAACUUUUGGGAAUCCAGCAAAUUUUCCAUACGCAACUAUUGAUCCUGAAGAAGCACGAGUUGCUGUUCCUGAUGAACGCUUUGAUUGGCUUUGUAAUUUAUAUAAACCUUUAUCUAAAAUACCAGCUUUUUUGACAAUAUUUGACAUUGCUGGGUUAACUAAAGGUGCAAGUACAGGUGCAGGGCUUGGAAAUGCGUUUUUGAGUCAUAUUAGAGCAGUAGAUGCUAUUUUUCAAUUAGUUCGUGCUUUUGAUGAUGCGGAAAUUAUUCAUGUUGAAGGUGAUGUUGAUCCCUGCCGUGAUCUUCAAAUAGUGCAAGAUGAAUUAUUAAUUAAAGACAUGGAAUUUCUAAAUAAACAAUUAGAAGCUUUAAAAAGAGUAACAAGUAGAGGUGGUCAGUCUCUUGAAAUUAAAGCAAAUAAAGAAAAAUUGGUAGUUAUAGAAAAGCUUCUUUGUUAUCUUGAAGUAGAGAAAAAAGAAAUACGGAAAGGGGAUUGGACCAAUAAAGAGAUUCAAAUAAUAAAUUCAUUAUUUUUAUUAACAGCAAAACCCGUUAUAUAUCUUGUUAAUUUAAGUGAAAAAGAUUAUCUUCGGCAAAAAAAUAAAUGGCUUCCUAAAAUAGCUACAUGGGUAAAAGAUAAUAAUCCUGGUGAUAUUAUCAUUCCUAUUUCAGUUGCAUUUGAGGAACGUCUUUCACGAAUGACUGAUCAAGAAGCUCAAGAAGAAUGUAAAAGACUUAAAACUAAAUCAAUGCUUCCAAAAAUUAUUACAAUUGGUUAUUCUAGUUUGAAUUUAAUAUACUAUUUUACAUGUGGCCCAGAUGAAGUACGUGCAUGGACUAUUAGAAAAGGCACAAAGGCGCCUGCUGCAGCAGGUGUUAUCCAUACAGAUUUUGAAAAAAAUUUUGUAGUUGGAGAAAUAAUGAAAUUUGAAGAUUUAAAAAGUCUAGGAUCUGAAGCUGCUGUUAAAUCAGCAGGAAAAUACAUGACUAAAGGUAAUAAGAAAGUAAAGAAUAUUAUUUCAUUUAAAUGGCAUAAUAGGGAAAGAUUAUAUAGUAGAACAUAA